GUACAGCUGCGCACGCCAACGCCACCUACUAUGGACAACAGUACGUGGGAGUCUAAAACACUAAGCAACACCCUAGAAUUUAGACACGCUAAUAGCUCGCCAACGUCUAUAGUUAACGCUCUUAAUCAGCUCACUAAAGGCGCAGAGCUGAUGGCGCAUUCACUGGUUUUAGUGCGCAACUAGGUUGCUAACCUACAGGCAGCCAACAAGGCUGCCACACGUUGUAAAUCACACAAAAGGAAGCAAUUACAGCGAGAGGGGACUCUAGUCUUUGCUAAGGGAGUGUGGCUAACUACUCUAAAGGAGUUUGAGGCCUGUAGUGAUGGGAAGAAGGCAAAGAAGAGGUCGCGUGUUGAUAGGAGCACUCAGUCUCUAAGGCGCUGUAGCACAUGUAGCAAGACAGGGCACAACGCGCGAACAUGCAGUAAAGAUACACAGAGUACUACAGACUAGUUUAGUAUACUGUAUAGUAUAAUAUAUUAUAGUUG